GACUCAGUCACAGGAGGACAGGAGAGAAGAAAUUCCUUUCCAAUUUGUGUGCACACUAAAUAUCUUUUUCAACAGCAUUUCAGUGGUGUGCUGUUGUGUUAUACGCUCACGGAAGUACACAAACUCAUUAACUGAAAGAGUUUUCAUGGUUGUGUGUGCUGCAUAUCAAGAUGUUUGCUGUUCAUCUGGUUGCCUUCUUCUUCUCCAAACUCCAGGAGGAUCCUACAAAGAAGGUGGACAGGUUUCUGUACGCCAUGCGUCUCCAUGAUGACCAGCUAAAAGAGAUCUCAGCUCGUUUCCAGGCUGAAAUGAAGAAGGGGCUUUCAUCGGAAAGUAACGCCGCAGCAGCGGUGAAGAUGCUUCCAACACGUGUCCGCUCCACUCCUGAUGGAACAGAGAAAGGACAGUUUCUGGCAUUGGAUCUUGGAGGCUCCAGGUUUAAGGUGCUCCAAGUUAAAGUGAGAGAGGGCAUGGGGAUUCGCAGGGGAGGAGUGGAGAUGGAGGAGAAGAUCUAUCCGAUGCCUAAGGAGCUACUCAUUGGUAGAGGAACAGAGCUAUUUGACCAUGUGUCAGAGUCACUGAAGGACUUCCUGCAUGAGAAGAACAUCAGUUUGGAGAAGAAACAUCCCCUAGCCUUUACUUUCUCUUUUCCCUGUGAACAAGCCACCUUGAAUCAGGGAUUUUUGUUAAACUGGAGCAAGAACUACCGGGCUCGAGGCCUUCAGGGUAAAGAUGUGGUCCAAGCCCUCAGAGAGGCUAUUGACAGAACUGGGGGUAUGGAUGUAGAGGUGUUAGCCAUGGUUAACGACACUGUAGCAACCAUGAUGACCUGCGGUUUUGAUGACCAGUACUGUGAAGUAGGACUCAUCAUCGGAACCGGCACCAAUGCGUGCUACAUGGAGGAGCUGCGUCACGUUGACCUGGUGGAGGGAGACGAGGGCAGGAUGUGUGUAAACACUGAGUGGGGGGCCUUCGGAGAGGAUGGGGCUCUGAAUGACUACAUUACUGAGUUUGACAGGGACGUCGACGCUACCUCCAACAACCCUGGAAAACAAAUCUUUGAGAAGAUGGUCAGUGGGAUGUAUCUGGGUGAGUUAGUGAGGCUGGUUGUAUUAAAGAUGGCUAAACUUGGACUGCUGUUUGAUGGACAUGUGUCUGAUGCCCUGAGGACUAAAGGGAAGAUAACCACUGCACAUGUGGCAGCCAUGGAGAAUUACAAAGAUGGUCUGAAGAACACCAAGAACCUUCUCACGGACCUUGAUUUGACCCCAUCAUCUGAUGACUGUGUUGCUGUUCAACAUGUCAGCACCAUAGUCUCCUUCAGGUCCUCAAAUCUGGUGGCUGCAGCACUGGCGGCCAUCUUGAGCCGAAUUAAGCAAAACAGGAAUUUGAGGACAUUAAGGAUCACCGUAGGUGUCGAUGGAACCGUGUACAAGAAACACCCACAGUAUCCUAAACGUCUCCACAAAGUUGUGCGGCGGUUGCUUCCUGAGUGCCAUGUCAGAUUUGUCCUAUCAGACAGCGGCAGUAGCAAAGGAGCUGCUUUGGUAACAGCAGUCGCCCAACGACUGGCAUCACGAAGGCGACAGGUGGAUGAGACGCUGUCUCCCUUCAAACUGAGCCAAGAGCAGCUGCAGUUGGUAAAGACCAGAAUGAGGUCAGGGCUGGAAGCAGGGCUGAAGAGUAAAGGCCCCUCGACUAUCAAGAUGCUGCCUUCUUUUGUGUACCGUACACCUGAUGGCAAUGAGCAUGGGAAGUACCUUGCCUUGGAUCUUGGAGGAACAAACUUCAGAGCAUUGCUGGUGAACUUUAAAAAAGGACUGCAACAAAACUCACGACUUUACCAUAAGAUCUACACCAUACCGCUGGAGAUAAUGCAGGGCACUGGAGAAGAGCUGUUUGAUCAUAUAGCGCAGUGUGUUAGUGACUUCCUGGACUACAUGGGGAUGAAGAACGCUCAUCUUCCUGCAGGCUUCACCUUCUCUUUCCCCUGCGAGCAGACAGCUAUUGACACAGGCACAUUGGUGAGCUGGACCAAAGGAUUCAAGGCCACAGACUGUGAAGGACAAGAUGUUGUCAGCAUGCUGAGGGAGGCCAUCAAGAGACGCAAUGAGUUUGACUUGGACAUUGUAGCAGUAGUCAAUGACACAGUUGGGACCAUGAUGAGCUGUGCCUAUGAAGACCCACAGUGUGAGAUUGGACUGAUUGCUGGAACUGGCACUAAUGUUUGUUACAUGGAGCAACUGAAGAACAUUGAGAAGACUCAAGAAAAGACAGGAAAAGUGGAAAGAGAAGAGGGGGAGCCUGAAGGAGAGGAGGAUAAGCAGGAUGAUGGGUCGGAAGGAGAGAAGAAAGAGGGGGAUGCUGACAUAUCAAAGAUGUGUAUAAACACAGAGUGGGGAGGUCUGGGUGAUGAUGGCUCUCUGGAUGACAUCAUCACACCUUAUGACAUUGAGGUGAACCAAAACUCAAUCAACCCUGGAAAACAAAGGUUUGAAAAGCUGACCAGUGGGAUGUAUUUAGGAGAAGUUGUCCGUCAAGUAUUGUUGGAUUUAACCAGAGGAGGUUUGCUGUUCAGAGGACACGUCACUGAAGCUUUAAAAACACCUGGGAUAUUCCAAACCAAAUACCUGUCCCAAAUAGAGAGUGACCGCCUGGCUCUACUGCAGGUCAGAUCUAUUCUCCAACAGCUGGGGCUGGACAGCACCUGUGAGGACAGCAUCAUUGUCAAAGAGGUUUGUGGAGCUGUGUCACGUCGUGCAGCUCAGCUGUGUGGGGCAGGAAUGGCGGCCGUGGUCGAUAAGAUCAGAGAGAACAGAGGUCUGGACCAUCUGAACAUUACUGUAGGGGUGGACGGGGCUCUCUACAAACUACAUCCACAUUUCUCUGGAGUCCUCCAAGAGACUGCCAGAGUUUUGGCUCCUCAGUGUAAUGUGACCUUCCUGCCAUCAGAGGAAGGCAGCGGGAAGGGUGCUGCCCUCAUCACAGCUGUGGCCACACAGAAGCAAGAAUGAAUUUUUUUCUUCACUUUUUUAAUAAUAUGGAUAAUUUGGAAAGCCCACUCUCUGAACUGCUGUUCUUAUCACUGCAAGUGUCCUCUGCUCAUGUGGAAGAGCUGCAGACCACCAUGUGUUACCUCAGAUACAAAUGGAACAGCCAACAUCUUUCUUUUCACCUGACAGCAAGGAGCUUAGUGGGGACAACACACACACACACGCAGAGGUUUUCACUACAUGAUUCCUCACAGGCUUCCCACUCAUUAGCACAUGACUGAUGACUCAGAUUAAAUUCUGGUUCCCAAUAAUGUUUGAAAAACUGGAUUCCAAUUCAUGUAUUUUUACAAAAUUACAAAGCUUGUCACAACCUGCUUCUCUUCUUAGAGAAAACCUUUUAUUUGCCCCUUUAAAAGUCAUUUUUUUAACGAUUGGCUUUGUAUAGAGAUGCCUUUUUGUUUUUCAAUAGAAAUGAAUGACUAGUCUAGCAAAAAUAUUUGUUUUUUUAACCCAUAUUUGGUACCUGAGUGCUUUACACCACAGCCCUCUACUUUCCAAUCAUUACUGCGUCAGUCGUGGGAAAAGAGUCAUACCCACAGCUACACCAUGACCUGCCAGUGUUAGCCGUGCACUGACUGUGAUAUCAGUGCCAAGGACUUGGUUUUGGAAAAGAAAGAACACUCAUAUCAUAAAUCACACCCUGCAAACUACUCAAGGUCAGCGCCUCAUGUGAGACCAAACAAAAAGGAUGUUCUGACUGCCAGUUCAGUUGUCAAAAUGUGAUUAUUCUUUACAUAUGUUAAAAACUGUCUCUGCCCAUCUGAUCAAACAUUCAGGCCUCAUUGCUUUCUUGCGAAAUGUUCCCAUUUGCUGGCUGUUUUGUAUUAGUGAUGGGUUUUUUGGUUUGUCUUUUUACAAAAUUUCCUAGAGAGUCCAAAUAGCUGUAAAGGAGACAAACUGAGUUGUUUGAUUAUAAAACUCAAAAAAUGCAUACAUCUUUA